UUUCAAUAUGUUUGACCACCCGAUUCCCCGGGUCUUCCAGAACCGCUUCUCCACGCAGUACCGCUGCUUCUCCGUGUCCAUGCUAGCAGGGCCUAAUGACAGGUCAGAUGUGGAGAAAGGAGGGAAGAUAAUCAUGCCACCAUCUGCCCUGGAUCAGCUCAGCCGACUUAACAUCACCUACCCCAUGCUGUUCAAACUGACCAACAAGAAUUCAGACCGCAUGACGCACUGCGGCGUGCUGGAGUUUGUGGCUGACGAGGGUAUCUGCUACCUUCCGCACUGGAUGAUGCAGAAUCUACUAUUGGAAGAAGGGGGUUUGGUUCAGGUGGAGAGCGUUAACCUACAAGUGGCCACAUACUCCAAAUUUCAGCCUCAGAGCCCUGACUUCUUGGACAUCACUAACCCCAAAGCAGUAUUAGAAAAUGCAUUGAGAAACUUUGCAUGUCUGACCACCGGGGACGUGAUUGCCAUCAACUACAAUGAGAAGAUCUACGAACUGCGGGUGAUGGAGACCAAACCCGACAAGGCUGUGUCCAUCAUUGAGUGUGACAUGAACGUAGACUUUGAUGCUCCCUUGGGCUACAAAGAACCUGAAAGACAAGUGCAACAUGAGGAGUCAACAGACGUUGAAGCUGACCAUGGCAGCUAUGCUGGAGAGCUAGGCUUCCGCGCCUUCUCUGGCUCCGGAAACCGACUGGACGGAAAGAAGAAAGGUGUCGAGCCCAGCCCCUCCCCCAUCAAGCCAGGAGACAUUAAAAGAGGGAUUCCCAAUUACGAAUUUAAACUUGGUAAAAUCACUUUCAUUAGGAAUUCCCGACCACUAGUCAAAAAGGUGGAAGAGGAUGAUGCUGGAGGCCGAUUCGUCGCAUUUUCAGGAGAAGGACAGUCAUUGCGUAAAAAGGGAAGAAAACCCUAAGUUGGGGUUGCUGACUGAUUGGAAAAUAAAAUAAUCACUUGCAACA